AUGCCUCUCUUCGGGAACACGUUCAGCCCGAAGAAGACGCCCCCCCGGAAGUCGGCCUCGCUCUCCAACCUGCACAAUCUGGAUCGGUCCACCCGCGAAGUGGAGCUGGGCCUCGACUACGGAACCCCCACGAUGAACCUGGCGGGACAGAGCCUGAAGUUUGAGAACGGCCACUGGGUAGCAGAGGCCGGGCUGAGUGGCGGAGUGGACCAGAGGGAGGCCCAGCGCCUCCGCAGGCGGAACCAGCAGCUGGAGGAGGAGAACAACCUCCUGCAGGUGAAGGUGGAGGUCCUGCUGGACAUGUUCUCCGAGACCACGGCCGAGUUCCAGAUAAUGAAGAAGGAACUGGAAGAACUGAAGAGUGUCAACCGGAGAAGGAAAUGA